AUGGCAGACAAUGGCAUUCUCUUUCGUCUGCUGUUAGUGUGCUUCAUGUUCACCUCUUACGUCACCACAAAAGGCGCAGACUACGCCUCAACUUACAUCAUCUGUAUGGACAAAUCCAUCAAGCCCAAUGAAUUCUCCACCCACGAGCACUGGUACAAAUCCUUACUCUCUUCUGUAAAAUCAGUAACUGCUGAUCAGAACACCCAGAGCGCGGAUUUCUACCAUUACACUUAUGAUACAGUCAUGCAAGGCUUCAGCGCCCUGUUAACACAAUCAGAGCUCGACAUGCUGGAGGAGAUGCCCGGGCAUGUAUUAUCGUUCCCCGAUCCAGAGGGAAACAUUCACACAACCCAUUCAACAGAAUUCCUCGGACUGGAUCCCAAUUCGGGUCUCCUCCCAAGAUCCCGAUUUGGGCAAGACGUUAUAAUUGCCAUACUCGACACAGGAAUCUGGCCAGAAAGCCCGAGCUUUGGCGACCAUGGAAUGGAACCCGUACCAGCUAGAUGGAAAGGAAAGUGUGUAAAAGGAACACACUUUGAUCCUUCUCUCUGCAACAAAAAACUCAUAGGAGCCCGCUUUUUCAAUAAAGCCAACCUGGCCAAAUACGGUACUGUCGAUUUCUCUAAAGACUACGAUUCUCCGAGGGAUUUUGCAGGUCAUGGAAGCCACACGUCGUCAACUGCAGGUGGAAACUACGUGGAAGGCGUGAACUCAUACGGUUAUGCUCAGGGCACAGCUCGAGGCGUGGCUCCGGCGGCACGAAUUGCGAUGUAUAAGGUUGUUUGGGCGAGUGCCUCGGAAAGAGCGAUCGGUUCAGACGUACUGGCCGGCAUGGAGAGCGCCAUUAAUGACGGCGCUGACGUUUUGUCGCUCUCUCUCGGGUUCGACUCUGUGACUCCUUAUUUCAAAGAUGUUAUAGCGCUGGGAGCUUUUGCGGCGGCGAAGAAGGGAGUUCUCGUGGUUUGCGCUGCGGGCAACGAUGGGCCUUCUCGAAAAACUAUGUACAACGCAGCGCCAUGGAUUUUCACAGUGGGAGCCAGCACAAUCGACCGGACUUUCAAAGCUUCGUUGAAGCUUGGCGACGGAACAGUUGUGAAUGGAUCCUCCUUUUACUACUCGGGCUCCGAUCCUCAAAAGGGAGCAACGAUUUCUUCUACUCCGUUGCGCUAUGAUGAGGGAGACCCCGCCUGUAAUAAGAAGCUCGAGGCCUUGAAAGUGAAUGGAAGCGUGCUCUUGUGUUUCAAUAACACGAGCCGCAAGAUCAUUGACGACGCCAUUGCUGCAGGAGCCGUGGCUUUGGUUCUGGUGGGCGUCGACACCAUCGGCGUAACGGCCUACCCAGAUGACACUUUUCCGGUUGCGGUCUUCCCACCUGGAGAUAAAGGAGCAGUAGAUGCAGUACUAAAGUACGCUUCUUUAUCAGAUCCUGUAGUUGGAAUACAGUUCGGAGUCACAGUACUGGGCUUCGAACCUGCGCCCUCUGUGGUCGAAUUUUCAUCGAGAGGGCCCAGUUUUCCGAGUCCUAAUGUCCUCAAGCCUGACGUCAUAGCCCCUGGGGUUAAUAUCCUAGCAGCUUGGCUUCCUGAUACCAGAGGCUUAAAUAAGUAUUAUAUUGUAUCGGGUACUUCUAUGUCAUGCCCACAUGUGGCCGGGAUCAGUGCUCUGGUGAAAGCGGUCCAUUCUGACUGGAGUCCCGCGGCAAUAAGGUCUGCCCUCAUGACCACUUCUUACGGGGUGGACAAUCUGAAUCACACAAUUGGUGAUCUGGGCCGCAAUGGUCGUCCUGCCACGCCUCUGGAUUUGGGAGCAGGGCAAGUGGAUGCACAGAGGGCUAUUGAUCCCGGGCUCGUCUAUGAUUUGAGCGUGGAGGACUAUGUCAAUUUCUUGUGCACCCUCAAUUACAGUGCACACCAGAUUCAGGCCAUGACUGGGAACGAAGUCUUAUGCUCCAGCGACCUUGACUUGGGUUCUGACGGGCUAAAUUACCCAUCUUUCACUGCCAUUUUUAGAAAGAAUUCAGCCUCAAAGUCGUCCACAACGUUCAAGAGAACAAUCACGAAUGUAGGAGAUUCAGUUUCAUAUUAUAAGGUGGUGGUCGAGGCUCCCCAAGGGCUCAAAAUAGAGGUGAAUCCCUCCAGUCUAACAUUUAUGGAGAAGUUUCAGAAGUUGAAUUUUAGUGUCACAGUGGAGGCGGAGAAGAAUACGCGUUUUGAGUAUGGGUAUCUGAGUUGGAUUGAUAACAACAGGCAUGUGGUGAAGAGCCCUGUGGUAGUCCUGUUUGAUUAA